AUGAAGGGAGAGGAGGAAAGGCCAGGGUCAGCAAUGAGUGUACUGAUGACCCCUUCCGUUAACCUUGAGGAUGUUGGGUCCCCUUCCGAUGGACUUUGGGACGUGAAUAUAGCCUAUGAGCAGAGAUUCUGUUAUAGCCAUGGCGAAUGUGAGUAUCUCCUAGGGACUGAGGAUCGAUGGAUGUCUUCGACCGACUUCGAGAUCCCAGACGCUGAGGUUAUAUUGGAGAAAAUGCUCCAAAAACACAAGGACGAUCCUUCGGCUUUUGAACCACACACACGGCGUUGUCAAGCGGAAUGUCAAGGCAGCCUACUUGCCCAUGUGCAUCGUGUCAUCCAAAGUCGCAAAGAUGACGACCUUAAGCUAUAUCACAUCGAGUGGAAAGCCUGCUGGACGCCCGAGAGCAUGAUUGGCGACAAAACAUGGAUCGGAGAAUCGUUGAAAGCCAACAAGAAUGUGAGCUGUCGGCACAGUGCGCGGGUGGAGAACGGGUUCAAAACCAGAAAAAGGAAUUUUGAGAGCAUGAUGGUGGUUAUCAAUAUUGAAUGA